AUGGGGAGGGGGGGUGGGAGUACGUUAAGGCGGCACGGUGUGGGGGGCAUCAAUUUCGAUGACGAGCGAAUGGUGGGUGGGGGGCAGUACGUGAUGGUAUUAAUUAGUAUUAGCAGAAGAAAGUUAAAAGGGGGCGGGUGGGGCGUGGCAGGGGUAGUGACGACGACGACAAGGGUGGGAGUAAAAAUGGGAGUGGGGGGUGGAUAG